AUGUAAAAAUAUGAUCUUCUAGCGUAUUUGUGGUUGUGGGGAUGAGUUCGCGAAGCCGAGCUUGACAUUGCGCUCCGCCGCAGGCCGCUUCAGCUUUUUAUCGGCCAUCGGUCAUUUCUGCCCUUCCGAUCCCGUGAAAAUUUCUGAUCUCUCUCCGCUCCGACCAUGGCUUCCGUCUCGAUCCCUCCUCCUUCGCCCAUCGCCUCAGAUGCUUCCGCUUCGACUUCGGAUCCCGUGACCAGUCCCGGCUCGUCUUCGCCCGCCCCUCCGCCGGUGGACUACCCUAACCCCUUCUCGCCCCCGCAUAUCGAUCCCGAGGAGGAGGAGGAGGAGGAGGAGGAAGCGAACAUCGGCGAUCCUCCGAAACUAGAUGAAUCUUUCGAGGAUGUGGCCUCCCAGCCGACCUCGGAUUCCUCCCUCGACGCCUCCUCCACGACUCCCACGCUGCAGCCAGUCCCCGCGACCACGUCCUCCUCUCCGCCUAGGGUAGCGGAAAACGACGCCGCGCUGGCGCUGUCGCUUCUCCACCUAUCUUUUAACCAGGACCACGGUUGCUUCGCCGUCGGCACAGAUAGGGGAUUCCGGAUCUACAACUGUGACCCUUUCCGAGAGAUCUUCCGCCGGGACUUUGAUGGAAGGGGCAUCGGCGUGGUGGAGAUGCUGUUUCGGUGCAACAUCCUCGCUCUCGUUGGCGGCGGGCCGAACCCGAACUACCCGCCCAAUAAGGUCAUGAUCUGGGAUGAUCACCAGAGCCGGUGCAUCGGGGAGCUCUCCUUCCGUUCGGAGGUCCGUGCUGUCCGGCUCCGGAGGGACAAAAUUAUUGUGGUUCUUGACAACAAGAUAUUCGUCUAUAAUUUUGCGGACCUUAAGUUGAUCCAUCAGAUUGAGACUGUGCCGAAUCCCAAGGGGUUGUGUGCUGUUUCACAGCAACAGGGGUCGCUUGUGCUUGUCUGCCCAGGUGGUCAGAAGGGGCAGGUCAGGGUGGAGCAUUAUGGAUCGAGGCGAACGAAGUUCAUUAUGGCACACGAUUCAAGGAUAGCUUGUUUUGCUCUGUCGCAGGAUGGAAGGUUGAUUGCAACUGCAAGCUCCAAGGGCACGCUUGUUAGGAUAUUCAGCACAGUCGAUGGUACUCUCAUUCAAGAAGUAAGAAGAGGUGCUGAUAGAGCAGAGAUAUAUAGUUUGGCUUUCUCUUCUGACAUGCAGUGGUUGGCUGUCUCUAGUGACAAGGGAACUGUUCAUGUUUUCAGCCUCAAGGUUAAUCUUGGAUUGACAGCAAAUGACAAACCUCGCCCUGCAUCAGAUCCAAAUUCUCCAACUCAAAGUUCACAUCUUUCUUUUAUGAAAGGAGUAUUGCCGAAAUACUUUCACUCGGAAUGGUCAGUGGCACAGUUCCGAUUGCAUGAAAAUACACAUUACAUUGUCGCAUUUGGCCACCAAAAGAACACUGUUAUCAUUCUUGGUAUGGAUGGAAGUUUCUUUCGAUGCCAAUUCGAUCCAGCUGCAGGCGGAGAAAUGAAACAAUUGGUAUGCUAUAACUUCCUCAAGUCAGAAUCCUUCUAGUAGGAUAAUGUGUCUGACCUCGAUGGCUCGUUCACGGUGAUUUUCAUAGCUAAAUUUCAUCUCGGCAUAAGAAGUCUGUAUAUAGAUUGAACUAUUGGCAUGUAAAUCAGUGCUUCUGUGGUAAAUAACUUUAUGUGAAUAUUAGAAGAAAAUGUUUCGUUGUCACUC